AUGCCCAUCCAGGAUAUCAUAAAAGGAUUUGUCAGAGAAGCGCUCAAAACCGGUGCUUAUCUUGUGCCGGUCUACUCUUUUGGCGAGAACGAAGUUUUCGACCAGGUUACAAAUCCAAGAGGUUCCAUGAUUCGCCGUUUCCAGUCAUGGGUAAAGCGAAUUGGUGGCUUCUCCUUACCAUUAUUUCAUGGCCGAGGAAUUUUUCAGGUAAAAAUCAAUGUAUAUCAUUGAUA